AUGAGUGAACUUCUCACCUACAUCCUCAACAAUGAGGAUGCCUUCCGAAGGAACCGCCUUCCCUCUCUCUAUUCCGAUUUCGCCAUCCAGAAGAAGACAAAUCCAGAUGGCUACGCAGUCAACAUCGCUGCCUGGGAGCAAGCCUUGAAUCGUGCCGCCAAACGCGGAUAUACCUCGUCCCGCGGUGUGCGCGUACGCUCUGGGCCUUCAACGUCGCAAAAGAACGCGGGUUCAGGUCGAAAGAAGACCGAUCACCUCAUUCUCCGUACCGAUGAGUCCUUACUGCGUGAUCUGGAGAUUCCAGAGUGGGGUAGGCCGGUGGCAAUUGGUGCUGUCUUUGAGGAAGCGAUGGGCAAGCGGACCAUGGUCCCGUUACCGGUCUACAAAACUGACCCGGGAUGUCUGCGCAAAAGUCAAUGGAAACUUAUUGAUCCCAGCGCGUUAAGUCCGUGGAAUGUUAUGAGUUGGGGCGCGCGGCAAUUGAAGGGCAUGGUGGUGGGGUCUAAUGACUCGGCACCGAAGAUCCAGGUCCAGGAAUUGGUGCUGAUCGAGAAUCUGAAGGAGGCAGCCGCUUUAGCUAUCAAGAAGGCCACUGGUGGCACUUCGUCCAAGCUAGAUCUAAUCUACUCAAAAGAGAGCUUUGUCGAGGCAUUCGCAACAAUAUUAAACGAUUCGACAGAAUUGUCUGACUCGGAUUUUGAUGUUCUUUUGGUCUAUCUAUCCCGCGACUGCGGCGCCAUUGCUUAUGAUGGCAAGACGAUCAAGUUCAAAUCUGCGAAUGAGCCUCCGCACAUCACGCAGCAGGACACGACCAUAGCAUCUAUCAAAACCCUUGUGACGACAAUCUCGAAGCAGGUUUCGGAUCUGGAAGAGAAGAUUGAGAGAUUGAAUGCAUCUGCGAAGGCCGCACUCGCCAACAAAAACCGUGUCUCGGCGCUGGCUGCGAUUAAGUCUAAGAAGAUGGUCGAGCAUAACCUCCAGCAGCGACUGAACACUUUGACACAGCUUGAGGAGGUCUAUUCGAAGAUCGAACAGGCUGCCGGUCAGAUAGAGAUCGUACAAGUCAUGGAAGCGAGCACGGGUGUUCUUCGCGGGCUACAUUCGCAGAUUGGCGGUGUCGAAAGAGUCGAAGACGUGGUAGAAGGACUGCGGGAGGAAAUGUCCAAGGUCGACGAGAUUGGCGGCAUCAUGAACGAAGCCGCGCCUGUUAUUGAUGAGGGCGAAAUCGACGAUGAGCUCGACGCUCUGGAGAAAAGCGACCAGAAGGCGAAGGAGGAUGCGGAAGCGGAGGAAACGAGGAAGAAGCUUGCGGAGCUCAACAGUAUCAAACAGGCCCAGGCGGGAAAGGACCCCGACGAGGCGUUGGCAGACAGGCUCUCCAACAUGUCGGUUGAGGAUCCGAUCCCGGAGAAGUAG